UGUAUAAUCUGUGUCGUUAAGGUGAAACAACACAACUGGCUGUGCCGUCUCUUUUAUGCAUGUUUUAGUGACUGGUUGGCUGGCUGUUUUGCUCGCGCGUGUUUGUGUGCGUGUGUGUGAGUGUGGUGGCUUAGUGAUUUUUGAUGCCUAUGUGUUUUGGUUGUUGUUGUUCUUGGGGUGUUGGGGUUUUGUUUGCCAUAGCGUAAAUUAUGAAAACAAUUUUCGGAUUCAUUCGUUUGUCAAACUUUGCAAAAGACAAGUGUCAGUGUCGUUUGUGCCGCCGUGUCGCGCGCGUUUUAAAGUGCCCCCCUCACUUUAGUUUCUCGUUUGCAUUGUCGUGAAAACAAACGUUUCAUAAAAUCGUUGUGCUUUGUAUUUUACUACUCUGUUGACUAAUGAAACACGUUCCAAUGUGGCUAUUGUUUUUGGGUUCAACCUAGACCCCAGCACACCUCCAUGGAGAACAAAACUUAUGAAUAAACCAGAGCCCCCCUCUUUCCAAGCGGUGUAGAAAAACGACUAACAACAAUAACAAAUGCGUGGUUAAGUGUAAGGUUUUGCGUUUGCUCUUUUGGUGAAAGAAAAAAAAAAAGAAUAAUUUUGAUUUCAAUUGGAAUGUACGUAUGUAUAGUGAGUGCUGUUACGACGAUGCUAGAAACUGUUUAACCAAUGUGAUGGUGAAAAAUUCUUAAUUACACAAGAGCAGUGGUGGAGGAAUACUAAAAUAUGGAAAAUUUUACAUGAGCAGCAGCAGGAAAUUGCAAACAUACCAUCAUCAUCAUAUGCAUAAGCCUUUGUUGAUAAAAGCGUAAAAAAUAUAAAAGUUUACAAAACUUACAAAUUCACCACAUACAUAUGAGUGAGUGAAUGAGUGCCCAGCGAGUGUGAGGUGGUAAAAUGACCAAAGCAAAACAAAAUAUCGUGUAAAUUGAGUAAAUACUAAAGAACGAGAAGAAGAAGGAAAAACGUGCGAUAACUUCGUUCAUUAUAAAAAAAUAUAAACGAGUAGCAGCGCAGUCAACGUCUGUGGUGAGUUUAAUGAAAAAAUUAAAAGUGUUGAAAAGCAUAAAAAGUAAAAUAACUCGUGGGGUCUUCGAAAAACCGUUUUUUCAAUAGCUACCCGGAAGUCAUUUUAAUUAUAAUUUAAGAAAACCCAAAACCUUAAGCAACAAUAAUUUUGCAAACAAAAAAGGGUUUUCAAAUACACAAAGUCUUCUCCAAAACCUGCGCGCUCUUUUUUAACUCAACAAAAAUUUGCAAAUUCAAUUCUCCCCCAAACAACAUCAAGCUAAGGUGAAAAGUAAACAAACGUCAGCCCAGCUGUAUGUGAGAGAGUAAGAAAGAGGCUAAAGUGAGCUAACGAGUGUGUUGAAAAAAUCUUGCUUAUCACCCAUACACCCCAUGCAACCCCCCGCUAUAGUAGAAAAAAUUUAAUAAGAAAUAAAAUAGAAAACAAAACAAAAUAAAAAAAGCAUAUGGGAGAAUUUGUUAUUGUUAAAUAAUUGCAAUCAAAUUGUGUGAAUAAAAAUAAAAAAGAAAAGCCAAAAUCUUGAAAUAAAAACAAGUUUCUUAUGCAAACAAGUGUCUGAAAUGAGAAAAAAUUAGUGCUUAUACUUAUUUCGUGUUGUUAAAAAAUCGCAAAAAAAUACUUAUGUGAAAAAAAGAACCUGCAACAAUCUCAACAAUUUUUCAUAAAUCCGAGAUUUUCUAAGAACGGUUUCGGAUAGACAUAGAUAACAUGACAUUAUAAAUGUGUAUGUCGAUUGUGAGGACAACCCGUAACUAAAGAGUUUUAUUUCGACAAAAAAAUGCAGCAAAUGGAAAUCUUUUCAUCGACACAACAAAGUCAGUUGAAAACUAUUUAGUUUGAAAUUUUCAUACUGAAUGGCUCAAAACCCCAUACCACCAGUAUGAAAAGCAAAAAAUUCUAUAUGGACUAAAAACAAGAGGAUUUGUUUAUGUAGCUGUCAUUUGGCAAAAACACUGGCCAACUAAUCUCUUUUGUUUUAUUUCAAAUACCAACCUGGAUACGGAUGUUGAAAAAAAUCGAAGGUGCUCAGGGUUUUUACAUCACAGCGGAAAUUAGUGUGUAUUUGAUAUGAAUGACAUGGCAACAAUUUAUAUACGUAUAUACAAACACAUAUAUAUUCAUAGAUAUAUGUAACAUAUAAAGGAACUUAUGUUUGUGAAACAACUGGAAACAAUUCUUAUUAACAUCAAUACCGUCCACAAAACAUAAAAAUAAAGCAAACAGUUCCAGAAGAGAGCCAAUGCUCGAUGUUUUUGUAAAGCUUUAAAAUCCAUAAAAUACGACACACAGACAUUUAAGCUUGGAGAUGUUUAUUUAUACAUAGCAAACCUAAAAGGAUUGGAGAUUGCACAAGGCUUAGAGAAGAACUCCUAGAAGGAUUGAUACUUGAACAUACAAUAAAAACAACUAAUCAGCUUUAAUCUAUUUUUGAAAUAAAUUUUAUGUAUAGACAAGAAACUAUAACUUCAACAGAUCGCAGUAUCAGAAGCAAAACAAAAGAUUUGGGAUUUUGUGUGUGUGUGCGGUAAUAAGGCCAUAAAGGAAACGAAAAUAAUUCCAUUGGAUUGUUUGGCAGUACAUCUGUAAACAUGGGUAGAAAGAAAAUUCAGAUAUCACGCAUUACAGAUGAACGGAACCGGCAGGUUACCUUUAAUAAACGCAAAUUUGGUGUCAUGAAAAAAGCCUACGAGUUAUCCGUUUUAUGCGAUUGUGAAAUAGCAUUGAUCAUCUUCUCCUCGAGCAAUAAAUUAUAUCAAUAUGCCAGUACAGAUAUGGACAAAGUCCUACUCAAAUAUACAGAAUAUAAUGAACCACAUGAAUCUUUAACCAAUAAAAAUAUUAUUGAGAUUCUCUCUUCUCCAUUUCAGAAGGAGAACAAAAACGGUGUCAUGUCUCCCGAUUCACCGGAACAGGAAGCCGACUACAGCCUGACGCCACGCACCGAAGCCAAAUACAAUAAAAUCGAUGAAGACUUUCAGCUGCUGAUGCAUCGCACCCAGAUGGCCGGAGGUGCGGGGUCGGGCCGCAAUAUGUCCAAUGCCAAUUACACAUUGCCCGUAUCGGUGCCGGUGCCGGGCGCCUAUGGUGAUAGUAUGCUGCAAACGAGUCCGCAAAUGUCCCACACAAACAUAAGCCCACGACCAUCGAGUUCGGAAACGGAUUCAGGUGGGAUGUCGUUGAUAAUAUAUCCAUCCGGUUCUAUGUUGGAGAUGUCUAAUGGUUAUCCUCAUUCACAUUCGCCGCUUGUUGGUUCUCCCAGUCCGGGGCCAAGUCCUGGCAUAGCUCAUCAAUUAUCGCAUAAACAACAUUCGCCAGGCAGUCAAAAUGGCCGAGCUUCCAAUUUGCGGGUGGUCAUACCGGCACCCACUAUUGCUCAAAACAUGUCCACCGCCGAUGAAUUAGCCUACACCGAUCGUCACAAUCAAACAACUUUAAAUACUCCCGUUAUGACAUUACAGACACCCAUACCAGCGUUACAGGGUUAUCCGUUUGUACCGCAAGAUUUUUCCAUGAGCACCUCCGAUGUGAUGAGUUUACCCACAUGGAGUACUCAUCAGGGUUUGGUACAUCAAACGGGCCUCUCCCAUUUAAGUGUUUCAAAUAGUACACCUCCUCCCGCCACAUCACCAGUAAGCAUCAAAGUAAAGUCCGAGCCACAAUCUCCACCCCGUGAUCUCUCCGGUGGCCAUCAGCAUAGUAAUGGCUCCAAUUUAGGCUCUUCAAAUAGCACCAGUGGAGGCGGCGGAGGAGCCAGUAGUGGUGGCAAUGGUGGUUCAACUAGUCACUCCAGUUUAAAUGCCAAUAAUUUGAAUAAUUCUUUGUCCUUAAAUGCCGGCGGUUUGAGUGUCAGUAGUGCGGUGGGAGUCAUAGCCGGUUCUAGUCCUGGUGGCGCCGGUGGUGGCGGAGUAUUAAGUGGCGGUGCUUCAAAUUCUUCCUCCACCUCCAAUGGCUCGGCCAAUGAUCAGGCGACCAAUUUAAGUGUGUUAAAUCAUAGUCAACAGCAUUUGGUCAUGGCUGGUUCAAGACCAUCUUCGACAGGUCAUCUAACACCUACACCGGGCAUAGAUAAAUAUGAAGGUUAUCCCUAUCGGUCACAACUGGGUCCGAAUUCUAGAAUAUGGAAUUUUGGUACAGUGACGCCGAGCAAUAUACCCUCACCCGAUAUGCGCAUGAAUGAGAUGCAUAAACAGCAACAACACCAGCAACAACAACAACAGCAGCAGCAUCAGCAACACCAACAGCAGCAGCAGCAACAACAACAACAGCAUUUGAGCGAUUACGAGGGUGGACCGAAUCAGGCGCACAAGCGGCCCAGAAUAUCGGGAGGAUGGACAACAUAGCCAAAUGAAAAUAGUAAUAAUAAUAGUAGCAACAACCACAACAACAAAGCGUUAGUAGACAAUUAUCAGCCACAUUCGCUUCAUAACAAUCAUCAUCAGCCACAUUUUCAAGGCAAUGCCAAUAAUAACAGUAGCAGCAGCAGCAGCAGCGCCGCGAACAUUAUUCUCACAAACCAACGACAUGCUACGUCACAACAGUUUAGUCAAUAUCACCAACAGCAGUCUUUCAACCAAAAAACUCAUCAAACACUUGAUUUGUACAACUAUAUGAGUGGCAGCGCUGCUACGGCGUCUUCACCAUCUAACAAUUGCCAAAAUUCCAAUGAGACAAAAACAGCG